AUGGCAGCGGUGCAACAACUUGAGCCUGUGCCAACGUUGGCACGACCGCAAGGCAUGAACGGCGACACAUUCAGCAAGGAGGUCGAUAUGGGCGCCACAAGUCCGAUUCAGCCCGGUGUCCCUCUAUGCAGCGAACCGCAAAGAGGAGACACCAGGAUCGUUGUCAUCAUGUACGGCCGCGGGCAGGAAAAGAUUGUUGGUGUCUUUGCCGAGGUUCUGGGGAAGCCGUCGAGGAUAAGAAGUCGCUUUGAGGAGGUGACACAAGAGGAUCAAGACUGGGUUAUUGGAGUCUCGGCAGACAAUGCAAAGGAGGACAUUGCGACGCGAGACAGAGGAUUGGUCGUUGCCAUCAACGCGCACUGCACCGGGCUCGGCAUGCCUCCCGACAUUUACCUGUCAGCCCAGUGCGACUACGAGUUUCUCUACACCGAAAGCCCGUUCUUCCGCCGGGAUCUUGCGCGCUUCACCUCCCACGUCCUGGGCCAGCUCUGCCAGCAUCAGGCGCUCAUAGCGAAGCCGAGGACCUUUUUCAUCUCAACGACAUUCCCAGACGUACACACCGCUUUACCCAACAUUGACAUUUUGACCGUCGGAGCAGAUGCCAUUGAAAUUCGUGUUGAUCUCCUGAAGGAGCCACUCGGCGACGGCACCUACUCGGAUAUACCAAGUCUCAGCUAUGUUGGCGAGCAGGUCAUGCUGCUCCGUCAGAGGACCGAGUUGCCCAUCAUAUUCACGACCAGAUGUACCAAGGAAAACGGCAAAUUUCCAAUGGACAACCCGACUCUGUAUUACGACUACCUUUACCGGGCUCUGCAAUGGGGCGUUGAGUACCUUGAUGUCGAACUUUGGCUUCCCGAGGGCAUCAGGAAGAAGUUGUGGGAGCAGCGCGGGAACAGUCGCAUCAUGUCCGCUUUCCACGACUUCUCCGGGACAUGGGAAUGGACCUCGGACCGGGCCGAAGCCAUCUUCAUCGAGUCUCAGCGCUACGCAGAUUGUGUGAAGAUGAUCGCUAUGAGCAGCGACCACAACGAGAACUUCGAGCUGGAGUACUUCCGGUCCAAAAUCAGGACGAAAUAUCCCAAUUCGGUUCCCCUGUCGGCGGUGAAUAUGGGCGAAACAGGACAGUUUUCCCGGACGCUUAACAAGUUCUUCACUCCCAUUACUCAUCCGCUUCUGCCCAUCAUUGCAGCUCCCGGACAGAUGAGCGCUGCCGAGAUCAACCAGGCGCUGGCCCUGCUCGGGCAAUUGCCCAGGAAGAACAUGUACGGCAUCACCAGCCCGGCAAUGCGUAGCGCCACACCCCAAGCGCCCUUCUACGAGAAGUGUUUCAACGAGCUGGGCCUCCCACAUCAGUUUGCCGUCGUGGAGUGGCAGCCAAAAGGAUCCGGCUGCAUCGGGGCAUGGUGCAACCAGAGGAAUUUUGGCGGAGCUUAUUUCAACCCAGCUGUGUCUCUCAGAAGCUUAAUGUCUCACAGCAACUUCCUCGCGUCUCUCAACCACGGAACUGGACCAACCGUUAGCGAAGCAGCGCGACUCAUCGGCAUGGUCGACACCAUUGUCGUGCGGCCGAUCUCCUCCAGCACGCCGACCUCUGCACCGCCGUCAAUCCCGUCGAGCCCUCCGCGCCACAAAAACGGGGAUUCCUUCAGCGCCCUCGGCCCAGCACAGACUGGCCUCCCUCCCAACACAAGCCUUGUCCUGGAUAAUGCCUCGUGGAAGGGUAUCUUGAGCACGCUGACUCGAGACCUUGCCCCAUCAGCAUACUUUGGAUGCGCCGCCGUAGUCCUCGCAUCGUCAGCCGAAGAUGCCGCCAGCGCUCUCUUCGCAUUGAAGGCUCUCAAGGUUGGCAAGGUCUACACCGUCGGCUUCAAGACGCCGCCCGCGUUCGGAAAGGACCUACUCAUCGAGCCGUUCACCAGCCUCGAGAGCAUUCAGAGGGCGCGUACGGUUGGGUCUAAGGGUGCGGACGUCGGGGCGGCGGGGACGGGCUCGCCGUUCUUGGUCGUCAGCGCUCUGGGGCCGGAGAGGAGCACGCUCGUGGGGAUGCUGGUUCGGUUGUUUGGGUCGCGGGGUUCAGGGGGCGCCAAUUCCCGCAAGGUGUUUUUGGAUCUGGCGGACCGCUCGGUCUCGCGCAAGGGGGAUCCGGGCCUGAUCGCCGAGCAGAGCGGGUUCGCGGCGUACGGCGCCGCCGAUGUCACUGCAUUUACGACCGUGGAAACCCUAAGGCUUUUGGUUGGACAGAAUGUGCCAUACAGCUUUGUCAGGUUGGCCAGCGGUCGGACGCUGUUCUGA